AUGGAGGAGAGGAAGAGAGGCAAGUUGGUAAAGAAGGUCGACUUUCCCCCAUCCAAGAAAUCAAAGCCUAUCCCCCUUUCAUCUAUAGUGGCUUCGGUUGUUGUGACUUUGGAGGGUCGUGAUCCCCAACUUCCUACAAAGGGAGGAGGGAUGGACGAGGCACUUGUUGCCUCUCCCCUUGAUUCUUUGGGUGGUAGAACAUUGUCUUCUCCUCCUUCUCCAUUAUUGGAAGCCCCCAACUUACCAACUUUUGAAGGGAAGGGGGGGAGCGAAGCCCUCUUUGCUCAGCUAGGAGGUCACUUCCUUCAGUCACCGUCUAAAUAUGCCAAAGCUCUAUUCAACACCAUUCCAUCGAACGAGCUAAGCAGUUUAAAGACUACUUCCUUGCAAGAGAAAGUUUAUUUAGCUACACAUGGCCUGAUUAUGGAGCUGCUUAAAAGUUUCAAUGACCAGGCUCUUGAGUUGGCUAGCUGCAAGGAAAACUUAGGUAUGCUUAAUGGUGAAGUGGACGAGCUUCGGAUGAAGACUGCAUCUCAAGACGCCAGAAUAGCCAACCUAAUCGUAACCUUGGAUCUGGCCGUUCUGUAG